UCGGUCUUCGUUGAGGGUCACCCGCCUGCCGCCUGCCGCCUGCUGGUUUAGAUAGACCAUGGCCCUGAGAGCGUGUGGCUUGAUCAUCUUCAGAAGACUCCCCAUUCCCAAAGUAGACAAAAACUCCAUAGAGUUUCUACUGCUGCAGGCAUCGGAUGGCAUUCAUCACUGGACUCCUCCCAAAGGUCAUGUGGACCCAGGAGAGGAUGACCUGGAGACAGCCCUGAGAGAGACUCGAGAGGAAGCGGGCCUAGAAGCCAGCCAGCUGACGGUGAUUGAGGGGUUCAGAAAGGAGCUCAAUUAUGUGGCCAGGCAGAAGCCUAAAACAGUCAUCUACUGGCUAGCGGAGGUGAAGGACUAUGAUGUGGAGAUCCGCCUCUCCCACGAGCACCAAGCCUACCGCUGGCUGGGGCUGGAUGAGGCCUGCCAGCUGGCCGCCUUCAAGGACAUGAAGGCAGCGCUCCAAGAAGGACACCAGUUCCUCUGCUCCCCAGAGGCCUGAGCCGACAGCCGAGGCCUCUGGCUUCCCCUGAUUGGCCCUUCUGCGAUGAUCCCACCCUCCACCUCCCGGGACUAUUGUGCUGGUCUUUGGCUCAGCACAGCAAAGAACAGAUAGCAUUCAUGGAACUGGCUGGGGACUUUGAAAUGAGAGUAAGCAACAAUAACCAAAAAAUCUCAGCUGGGUGGAAAAGAAAGCAAAGGAGGAAUUAAAAAAUAAAAAUAAUUUCAGGUCUAGUAAAUGCAUCCUUAUGCUUUAUACACAAACCUCAUGUCCCUCAUCUGCCCGGUUCCCCUAUGGGGCGUGUUGAUUUCCUGGACGGUUGCCUCUGCUGGGAAGAAGACAACGCAAGUGGGUCAGUUCUGACUUCAGUCCGAGGGAAACCUGUGUCCGUACCGUACACCCCAGAGAUGCUAAGAGCUAGGGAGUCCGAAUGGCAGACCUAACACCACCCGGUCUGUCCCUGACAUCCAGCCUCCACCCCCACCCUUCAAGAGGGUGGCUCUCCAAGAAGGUGGUUUCCAGUCAGACAGGAUUUCUAAGUGAGUGGGACUUGAGAGCAGGAAGCCGCUCUGCGCUACCUACUGAUGAUCUCUCCCUAGCACUGGCCCCAUGCAGAGCCGUGUUGUACAUGUUCAGUAAAGUUUCCCUUGAAGAAUUAAUCAGAUCUUGACAUGAUUGAUUGAUUGAACUGU